UGGAUAUUUCCAAAGGUGCCGAGAAUCCGAUCGGCCGGAUGGAGCGCGAGAAGUAUGGCAACGUAAUGGGCGGGAAGCUGUCGUUAAAGGGCAAACCACUCAAAGAGUCCAAAAAGUCCAAGAAGAAACGCAAGCGCGAGCAUGGUGACGACGGCGACCGCGGUGACUCGACGAAGAAGCAAGAUUCCGAGGUCGUUGUUCCCAUCACGGGCAUGACUGCGGCACAGCAGAAGCAUCUCAAGUUUAAGGCCAAACGAGAAGAGGAGGACAUCAAGAAGCAAGCGUCCAAGACGUACCGCGAGCGCGUGGACGAGUACAGCAAAUACCUCGGCAACCUGUCGGAACACCACGAUGUCCCCCGCGUUUCCGCGGCAGGGAAUGGCUAACCCAUCAAUCCAUCGAUUCCAUAUCGAAUGCUGUGUGCCUUGCUGUCCCGACCGCACCA